CCGCCACGAGAGUCAAAAGAAGAGCAAGGAGCAGGAAUAAUAAUAGAAGCCGAAGUAAAACGUGUCUGAGCUGAGUUGGCUGGUGUGAAAGAUCUGCAGGCCUGUUUGAUUUUUGAACACAAUCACAUUCAGCUGUGAUGGAGAAUGAUAUUUUGGUUUCUCUUGAAGAUUUAGGAUACCAAGGUCCUCUGUUGGAAGAAGGAGCUCUGUGUUCGGCUGUGACCAAAGGGGCAGCCUCACCUGACUUCACCGAGCUCUGCUCCUGGAUUGUGUCUCAACUGAAGCUCUACUGUAACCUGGAUGAGAACGUCCAUGCCACUCACUGUCCAAGUGACACUGAGAGCUUCCAGCUGGAGAUGAGUGGCCUUCUGUCUGAGCUGCCUUGUCCGUACUAUGUCCUCAGCAGUGGAGACGUGACGCAGAGGUUCCUCAACAGGACUGACUGUCUGCUGCUCCUCUCCUUCCUGACAUCUGAGUUGGAGGCAUCGCGGAUGAUUGUGGUCAAUAAGCCUCGGAAGAAAGGCCAUGAGUCUGGCAGCCCUGUGUUCCAGGAACUGAAAGGCAUCUGCAUGGCACUGGGCAUGUCCAAACCUCCUGCCAGCAUUACCAUGUUCCAGUUCUUCACUGGAAUUGAGAAGAAGCUGAAAGAAGCCUUAAGUCAUGUAACCACAAAUCAUGUAGGAGAGCCUCUGAUGAAGAAAAGCCUUGGACCUGUGCACUUGGAACAAAUUGAAGCUAUAAAUCAAACACUAGUUAAUGAGUAUGACAUGCGAAGGAAGAUGUUGUUAAAGCGCCUCGAUUUGACAGUUCAGUCAUUUGGUUGGUCUGACAGAGCAAAGAUGCGUGCUGACAGGUUGCUUAAAGUUUACCAGCCGCUGCGUUCAUCCCUCUGCAUCAAAGGUAAAAUCUCUGUUGCUCAUCUUUUUGCUGCUCGGCAAGACUUCUCCAAGAUACUACGCACAAGCAGCGGCAAAACAAGAGAGAAGACUGCCUGCGCAAUAAACAAGGUUUUGAUGGGCAGAGUGCCUGACAGAGGCGGCCGCCCCUGUGAGAUUGAGCCUCCUCCUCCAGAGAUGCCUGUGUGGCAUAAGCGACAAGAUGCCCCCCAAGGUCAAGGAUGCUACAGUGGUGGGCACACAGGUGGCAGAGGAGGCUAUGAUCAUUACUCCCAGACUGGUCGUGGGGGAUAUGACCGAGGAGGACAUGGAGACAGAGGAGCUAGGGGCUGUGGUGGCAGACUGGGCAAGGUAGAUGGGGGCAGUUACUACCAGGGCCACCAUCAGGAUACAGGGGUUCAUCAGGGGGGAGCAGGCAGAGGUGCUUAUGGAGGAGGAGGAAACAGUCAAGGAGGCUGCCAGGACACUGGGUAUCAUGGGAGGGGGGGGGGAGGUGGUUACCAUGACAAUUACCAUCAAAACGGAAGCUGGCAUCAAGAGAGAGGUGGGGGUCGAGGAGGUCGGGGAGGCCGAGGCAGGGGAGGCAGAGCGGGGGGAGGAGGAGGCCAAACCGGGGGCUGGGGAGGAAGAGGAGGGAAAACUUUUAACCAAGAAGGUCAGUUUGAACAGUUCUUCCAGCAUGGUGGUCAGCACUACAGCCAGGCUGGCUUUAACCAGGGCAGGCAGUACACAAGUUAAACAUGCAGUGUGUCCAUUCAACGACCUGCUGUCUCUCCUGCUUAUAAAUGGAUUUAAAAUAUCUUACCAAGGUCAAUAAAUGGGCAUAAAAAUACUUUGUCAUGAGGCUGGUCCAUUUGUCUUUGCCUCCUCUGCACCAACAGCUCUGUUCUGUGCUUGGACCGGUGCCUGUUUGACUUCACCUUGAUACUUGACACUUAUCUUGCCUUUGCAGUGUACUCAGAAUUUAUUGAGACAUGAUUGACACAAAUGUUUCCUCUUUCACCCAAUGUGUAUCUUACAAUUGAAAUCAAUAUCUUUUUCAACUUCAACAAUUCUAAUUGAAUUUAAUACUAAAGUUAAUUCAUUCAUCAGGUUUUGUUUUUUCAGAUGCAGUAGUUUCAACUGGAAUUUCUUCUGUAACUUAUUGAACAAAGUUUGAUGGUGUACUCUUCACAUGUGCAGAACUUAAAAUCUGGAUUUUCAAAGAGGUUUGCAUGGACGUAUAAAUGAGUAAUAAACUCGAAAUGACUAUA